GCUAAAUUAAAUUAAAUUAGUUUAAUAUUUAAAAGUUAUAUAGAUGUUUGAAAACUAUAUACAUACUAAAUGCUAUAAUUAAGUUGUAUUCUUUUUAAUUACUAAUAUAAUAAAACAAUACAUUUAUCAAAAUUUAUAAUGUUUGACAUUUAAAAACCAAUAUAAAAAUGAGUUAAUUACUAUAAUUACGAAGUCAUAUUCAUGACCAAAUUAAACACAACAAAUAAUAUUAUGAUCCUUCACCCAAAAACUACUUAAAAAAGAAGAAUUUUAUGAGAGUUUGUAUGCAUUGGAUCCUUCACCCAAAACUUUAACCAUAUAUAAACCUUAAUAUAAAACGUAAUAAUUAUUUUCCAUCUUUUGUUUCUCUUUCCCUUUCCUCUUCCAACUUGUGAAACUAUACACAAAUUACCAUCAAUUUGAACUAAAAGAGCUAGCUAGGUCCAACAAUAUUUGGUAAACUUUUAUUUGAUAAAAAAAAAAAACUCUUCUUCUUCUCCUAAUUCCAAUGUAACUACUACACCUAUUCUUAUUCUCCCCUUUAUAAUACAUCAACAAAAGAAAAAAACAAUUUUUAACCCCCCAAGACCCUUUCUUGUUUCAAGAUUUCAUCUAUCAUGAAUAUGUCAAAUUUUGAUGAGAGCAAUUCUAGUGAAAACCAACAACUACCCACUUUUAAAGAUCCAAAAGGGUGUCUAGAUAUUACAACAAAUCAUCAAAAAGAUGAUGAUAUCAAGAAAAUUGUCAUAUUGCAUCAAGAUAUUAUAAUGGAUGAACAAAAAGAUGAUGAUGCCAACAAAAGAGAAACAUUGCACCAAAACAAUCCACAAAAGUGUCAAGAUAUUACAAUAGGAAUCAAGAAAAUAACGGUAUUGCAAGAAGAUCCAAAAGGGUGUCAAGAUAUUACAAAGGACACUAACAAUAUAGUAAUAUUGCAUCAAGUUUCUAAUCAAGAUGAUCAUCAAGAUGUUGUUAAUGAGACAAUAGUUAUACAACACGUUGAAGAAGAAUUAGAAUUAGUACAAGAAGAUAUACAACACGUUGAAGAUGAGGUUGUCAAUGAUAUAAUAGUAGCACCACACCCCAUUGUUGUUGUUGAAAACCAAGUGGUAGUGCUACAAGAAGAUGACAAUGAUGGAUUUAGGACUCCAACUUCUUUGGAAUCAAAAAUUCCAAUUUUAACAACAUGUCCUGGUGCACCAAGACGUAACUAUAAUGGUAUUAAACGAAAAGCUUCAUCAUCACUGAGAAGAGGGGAAAGAAAUAUUAGAGUAUGGAACGAUUAUCGCCAUCGCGAUACCGCUAGAUUUUGACCGGAAAAUCAAGAAAUUCUUAAUCAUACCAAACAAGAAGAAGAACAAGGGAGAAUUAUUACAUAUUAAAUUAGAUUU